ACCAUGGGCACCUUUCGUUUCACCCAGCCACCCCCUGGAAAAGCCUAAAAAACCAUUUGCUCUGUCUCUCUACUUUCCUCCUCUCUAUGACUCCAUUCCAACCUCAUUCGAUGUGAUCUUACCAUCCUUUUGCUUCUCUCUCUCUCGUUUCUCUCUUCUCUCUCUAAAUAUCUGUUUUUUUUUUCUCCCUGGUUUUAAAGAUCUUGUAAAGCUCAUCAACCCAUUUGACCAAAAAUUUCUAUCACUAGGAUUUCCAACUUUUCACUUUUUGGGUCUUUCAGCUUGAAUUAGUUGCUCUUUGGACUUCAAUUUCAGCAAUUUGAUUCAUAAAAUUUUCGGUUUCAUGCUAUGGACGCUAGUGGAAUUCCGGCAGGGAUGAUUCCGGGUAUGGCUUCUGGAAUGCUGGGACUAGAGAUGCCUCUGCAUCAACAACAACACAAGCACCAGCAGAUGAUGAGCUUUGGCAACCAUGACGCCGACCACCAGUCGCAGUCUCAACAGGCAGCAGUGAAACAGCAAGCCUAUCCUUACAACGUCAAAAGCAAGCAGCAGCAGCAGCAAACGACAUGGAGCGACGAAGACGAACCCGGGUUCGCCACUGGCGAAGGCGGUGGAGGAGACGCGAAGAAGCGAGCAUCGCCGUGGCACAGGAUGAAAUGGACUGAUCACAUGGUGAAACUCCUUAUCAUGGUCGUCUUCUACAUCGGCGACGAUGGUGGUGGCGAAGCUACCACUACCGCCACCGCCGCCGCCACUGCCACCGAUCCUUCUUCCAACGGUAAGAAGAAGUCCGGUGGGUUGUUGCUGAAGAAAGGAAAGUGGAAAUCGGUAUCCCGAGCUAUGAUGGAAAAGGGUUUCUUUGUUUCUCCGCAGCAGUGCGAAGACAAGUUCAAUGAUCUCAACAAGAGGUACAAAAGGGUUAAUGAUAUCCUUGGAAAGGGAACGGCAUGUAAGGUUGUGGAGAAUCAAAGCUUACUAGACACAAUGGACAAUCUCUCCCCUAAGAUGAAGGAGGAGGUAAGGAAGCUACUCAAUUCAAAGCACCUCUUUUUCAGGGAGAUGUGCGCUUACCACACUAGCUGCGCCGCCGGUGCCGGUGCCGCUUCUGGCCAUCAGGCUUCCGCCGAGGUAUCCGUGGACUCUACCCACCAUUCACCGCAUCAGCGUUGCCUCCAUUCUUCGGAAAAUAAUGGGGUUCUUGCUGGUUCAAGAAGUAGGGCUGAUACACAGGGAUUGAAGGUGGGUAGGGGAGGAACCCGAGAAGCGGAAGGAGAUGAUGAAGAUGAUGAAGACGAUGACGAUGACGACGACGAGGAUGAUGACGAUGAGGAUGAAGAAGAGAUGGAUGAAGGUAGGGGUCAAAAGAGUAACAGCGAUUACAGAGGAGGUGAAGAAGACGAAUUGGGGACGAAGAAGAGGUCGAGAAGGGGGAUUUUUACGUUUUCUUCUGCUACUUCUCCUUCUCCUUCAUCUCCAGCUUUCUUGUCUCCUGCAAUGCAGCAACUGAGUUCAGAAUUGAUGAGUGUGCUUCAAGAUGGGACGAAGAACAAGUGGGAACAGAGACAAUGGGUGAGAAGCAAAUCGUUCCAAUUAGAGGAGCAGAGGAUGAGUUACCAGUACGAAGCGUUCGAGCUGGAGAAGCAGAGAUUGAAAUGGAUCAAGUUUAGUGGGAAGAAGGAGAGAGAGAUGGAGAGACUGAAGCUUGAGAACGAACGAAUGAAGCUUGAAAACGAGAAAAUGGUUCUUCUACUUCGACAGAAAGAACUCGAAUUGCUUGAUCUUCAACAACAUCAACUUUCCUCUAACAGAAGGCCAGACCCAUCUUCCAUCACUGGAUGAUUUCUGUUUAUCUUUCCUUUCCCUUCUCCCCUCUUCUUCUUCUUCUUCUAAAUUUUCUUGUAUAAACAAAUAGAAUCUGACGCUUCUGCUUUUCUUCAUUUCUUAUGUUUUUUCUUGAAUUUUGGAACUUUGUUUAUAAAAAAUCGGAUUGAACUUGGGAAUUAGGUCAUUCUGUCCAAAA